UUGCUGUUACCGCUACCUACGAAAAUGCGUGCAAGUACAAACCGGGUGAAGGAGCUAAAAGGCCUUGCGAAUCGAAUAUGCCGACGUUCCUUACUUACAGAAUGCUAUUUGCCAGAGGCUGUUCACUCUGGAGACUUGAUGCCGAUAUGGGUACGGUCUGCCACGAAAAUCACAAUGCCAUCCUGGGAUUUUCAGGGACCGGCCAGUAUUUCGGACAACACAAGUGGGGUUGGUGCUUUACGGAGGCGAUGCCCCUUUCUCCGGGCAACAUGAUUCCAGGGGUGAUGAGCAAUCCUUACAAAGAAGAGCGAGACUCUUUCCGAUUUGUUUACUUCGAUUGCUUUGAGGCUCAUGAAGCCUUUCAAUAA